AUGGCUAGUAUUCAUCUUAGCUCAUCCUCCCUCUUCAUCCAAUCCAGAGGAAGAAGAUACAACUCGAUAUCUUCCGUCAAGAGUCUCCAAAAACGCACCGUUUUGUCUCUCUCUUCUGUGCUCACCUCACAAGGCGGCGGACACAUGAUUCCACCAGAGGGAAAAAGCAAUAAUGGCAACUCUGCCUUUGACUUCAAGUCAUAUAUGAUCCGAAAAGCUGAAUCUGUAAGCGCGGCUCUCGACGUUUCUGUACCACUUCUGAAACCCCUCACGAUCCAAGAGGCGGUGCGGUACUCAUUGCUAGCGGGCGGAAAACGUGUGAGGCCUCUGCUCUGCAUUGCUGCCUGCGAGCUCGUCGGUGGCGACGAAGCUAUUGCCAUGUCAGCCGCUUGCGCGGUUGAAAUGAUCCACACAAGCUCUCUUAUUCAUGAUGACCUUCCUUGUAUGGACAACGCGGACCUCCGCCGAGGAAAGCCCACCAACCAUAAGGUAUUUGGAGAAGACAUGGCGGUUUUAGCGGGUGAUGCACUCCUUGCUUCGGCGUUUGAGCACAUGACGAUGGUGUCAAGUGGGUUGGUCGCUCCAGAGAGGACGGUCCGUGCUGUAAUUGAGCUGGCAAAGGCCAUAGGCACAAAAGGGCUUGUGGCUGGACAAGUGAUAGAUUUAUGCAGUGCAGGAUUGAAUCCAGAUGACAUUGGAUUGGAGCGUCUAGAGUUCAUCCACCUCCACAAAACGGCGGCAUUGUUAGAGGCAGCUGCGGUUUUAGGGGUUAUAAUGGGAGGUGGAACAGAGGAAGAAAUCGAAAAGCUUAGGAAAUAUGCGAGAUGUAUUGGGCUAUUGUUCCAGGUAGUUGAUGAUAUACUUGACAUAACGAAAUCCACUGAGGAGUUGGGUAAAACUGCCGGAACAGACGCUAUGACCGGGAAGCUGACGUAUCCUAGGCUGAUUGGUUUGGAGAGAUCGAGGGAAUUCGCAGAGAAAUUGAGCCGAGAAGCAAUGGAACAGCUUCAAGGGUUUGAUCCGGAUAAGGCGGUGCCUCUGGUGGCUCUAGCUAGCUACAUUGCUGGCAGACACAACUGA